AUGCUUGGUGAAGAUUCUCGUGUGGAACAGAGUUCCUCCCGAUCUAACAGGACUGCAGCUAAAGGGGAGAGAAGCUUAAGCAGAGAGCAACAGAAGUUUACUUGCUCAGAGUAUGAACUGCGCACACCUGCUUACGCAUUUCUUUACAAGGCAAGAUUUUUCCUCAUUCUGCUUCUAAGUAGUCUCAGCGUUGUCAGUGGGACUAGCUGUGCACGGAGCGGACAACCCUCAACAGCCAGCUACGAAUGCGCCCAGAAAAACGAGAAUGACAGCAAUGCCGAAGCGCCGGGAGCCACCAGGCAGCCAGACACGAGCCAGGCACGUCGUGUGCGGUGCCGGGAGGAACAUAUGCUCGGCAGUGUCAGCGGCGGAGCCCGCGUAGCGUCGGGGGAGAAAUACUGCCUCAGCCUCAGGUUCCGCGGUGGGAAAGGAGUACGGGACAGCUACGCGCGUUGUAGCCUCGCUACGCCUCUUCUGCAGGCAAUUACGGUCUCCCAGCACGGCACCCGACUAUCCAGUAAUACUCGCAUUUUCUUAGUGGAAAAAAUAGAAAGCUGUGUCAAGACUUCACACUUCUGUGCUCUAAUUGAAAACGAACUGUCGUCUGCUUUAUUUUGUGCAGGAUAUGUAAGUUUUCAGGUUUCUGGCUAG